AUGCUACGCCACUACCACCUGUGGGUCUCGCCUCUCUCCACCGACGAAGAAAAGGAUGAGAAUCAGGGUUUGAGCAAGUUGAAAGAGAAGACGUCGUUCGAUUACUAG